GUCUAAGAAUUGCCCCGAGGCGCGUAAAGCUCUUUUUCGUCUGCACCGUAUUCCUGAGCUGGGCCACCACCCGGGGAUCCGUUCCGAAUCUUGAAAACCCCGGGCGAUUUCCCAACGUCUGUUAUAGUACGCACCUAUUAUCGUCAGCAAGAUUCCCCCUUUCGAGUCGAUCGAGGACAUUCGCGGCCACACUGGCGAAAGUUUGCGACUACUACUUCCUCCUUCGGGGGUCUACCCCUCGAUCGCGAUGAGGCCAUUCCCGGGCCUUCGACGAGUGCUCCAAAUUUCACAUAGAAAAUAUGGCUCCCUCCCCCCGACCAAAGCGUGGCUCGAAUUUCUGUCCGGGGAGUCAAUAAGGGAGACAGAAUCCAAGGCAGCGAAAAGGAAUCGGCUGAUGUCAAGAAAAAGGACAAAUGCAAAUGCGCCAAAGCGCAAGGCAGAAGAAAGACAGGCGCAAUUCACCAGGAGAAUACAAGAGGUCAUAGGCCACGACGAUAUCGCCAAAGAUGUACGGAUCGACAAGGAGAACAAGAAGGUCCGGACCUCGGCGGGCGACCUGCCCAUCUCGCCCGUCAUGGACCCCGUGUGGAUGGACGUACGCACGAGGUAUAGGACGCCCAAAACCAGGCCCAAAUCCACACACCGGCCUCCUCCCUCAUCAUCAUCGGGGAGAGCGCCGAAGAAGCACAAGUACAUAAUUAAAAUGGGGUGGGAUGAGAAGAAGCAGGAUAAUACAAAGUACAUUAUCGUGAACAAGAAGCCCAACGGGGGCAGGUUCCGCGUCAAGGUGCAACAGAAUCCGUACGUUCAUGCCCUUGCCUCGCCUAUCCGAUUCUGUCCCGUCACGGGGGCAUCUCUGCCGAAAUUCUUUCUUCAGAACUUUAAGGCCGUUACGAAUCCAGACACCAAGGGUCACUGGUUUAUGCCGGGUGACGUCGAAGUAUCGUGGACUCAUAAACAGGCCAUGGAAGACGUAUGCGGAGAGCUCGACGAUGUGGAGGACGGAGUAGAAAAGCAUGACGAUGAUUCCCUCGCAAGGCAAAAAGAAACAGACCAGCUACUCAUCGAAUCCCCUUCCGCCUACGUGGUCCUUAGGAAGCCCGUCAUCGACUCCAUGGCAGGAAAACGCGGCAAGACGCCCUUUGGAGAUGGGUGGAGGACGCUCCUAGGCAGGAACCAAAAGGUCAUGAACUCGGACAUUCCCAAGCGUCUGGUGUGGCGCGAAGACAUGGGCGACUUUGUCCUCGACAACCUGCGCAAGAAUGUCAUGAAGAACAUUGCUUACUCCGUCGAGAUGGACAACCAGAAAAGGUCGUACAUUGAGCCCCUCGAGAGGUGGGAAGAUGUCCACGAGUCGGAGAAGAGGGGCUGUUUGCUGUGGUAUGACAGGGCAAAGGUCCCCACGGAAGAGAGUCAGUGGGAUGAAUGGAUGAAGGAAGGACAGAUCAAGCCAUUUGCGACCUACGACGUCCCGGACGCAAAGUACGAAAAGAGCCUGCCCAUCUACGAUAUCGGGCGGCUCAUGGGGCCAGAUUACCUCGCCAAGCUGAGGAAAAUGCCCCUGUUCCGCACAAAGUCGCUCUUCGUCGUCAAGAAGAAGCCGUCGACCCCGCUACAGCUUUACCUGUGGAAGCUGCAGGCAUACAUGGCCGAGUAUCCCUCCGCAGAG